UGUCAAGCAAACCACAGCUUCCUCCCUGCGUCAGUAAGCGCAAUAUGUCUCCUCCUCACCCACCAUGAUACUCCGUCCCCUUUACUCUGCUGGGUGUCAGGACUGUGCUCUCUGUGAUCCAUUCACACACCCUUUUUAAUGCUGCAUUAUUAUGGAGCUGUCUGAUCUCAUCCAGACCGCCCAAGUGGAGAAUGUCCGUGUUUGGUGUCCUUUAAAGCCCCCCAUGAUGGGUACGCUGUGUGUAAGUAGCCACCACCUACUUCUCUGUGACGCUUCUGUAAGUGAAGGAAGUAGAGGAAAGGAUAUUGCUGAGUUGUGGCUUCUGCACUGUGCAGUGGAUAAAGUGGAAAAAAGUGUUCAGAAUAUAGGCCAAUUACAAAACACACAGACUGGGCAAGAGAUGGAGGGAAAAUCUGGUUCGGGAACAGUCACUCUGCGAUGCAAAGACUUGCGGGUAAUCCACAUGGAGAUCCCAGGGAUGGAGGAAACAUUGAACAUAGCCCGCUCUGUGCAGGCCCUUUCUUCGCUGGAUUCAGUUACCCUGAGUUACCCAUUUUUCUUCAGGCCAUCUGGGUACAGCUUGGGGCAUGGAUGGCCACGAGAUACAGUGGAGAACUUCUACGACAAAAUAAAAGCUGAGACAGAUGACUGGAGGCUGAGUGAAGUGAAUAUGAAUUUUAAGCUUUGUCCCAGUUAUCCAGCAAAGGUCAUUGUGCCCAGAUGCUGUUCGGAUGAGACCCUGUUAAAGGCAGCAGCUUUCAGACAAGUUGGCCGAUUUCCUGUCUUGAGUUACUACCACAGCACCAACCAAGCGGCCUUGCUGCGCUCUGCCCAGCCUCUAGUUGGCACAGCCCCACAUCAUUGUGAGCAAGAUGAAGUUUUGCUUAAUGCAGCACUAAUGGAGCAAUCUUCUGGUUUUAUUAUUGACACCCGCUCUGCCCAGGAAACAAAACAAGCCCGGAAUGCAGGUGGUGGAACAGAAAGUAAAUCCAGGUAUCCCAACUGGAGAGUUCUCUGUCGCUCCCUAGAGAGAGGCCGUGCUCUGCAGGAAAGCCUGGUCCGGCUUGUUGGUGCAUGUUAUGAGCCCUCAAUGGGAAUGACUCGUUGGUUGAGCAAGUUGCAGGCUGCACGUUGGCUUUCACAUGUUAAGGAAGCUUUGAGCACUGCAGGAUUAAUUGCUGAAUGUAUAGAGAGGGAAUGUGCUACUGUGCUUGUUCAUGGAGAAGACGGUUCAGGUAAUACCUUACUUUUAACAUCCCUUGCUCAGCUCAUCCUUUCACCAGAGAGUCGAACAAUGGAUGGAUUUCAGGACGUUAUUGAGCGGGAGUGGCUACAGGCUGGGCACCCAUUCCAACUGCGUUGCGCCCAAUCCGGAUGGUCACAGAGCCGAGCUCAGCAAGAGUCACCUUAUUUUUUGCUUUUUCUAGACUGCUGCUGGCAGCUUGGGCGGCAGUUUCCUAGAGCACUAGAGUUUAAUGAGAGAUUUCUAUAUACCCUGGCAACUCAUGCAUACAGCUCAGAGUAUGGGUCAUUCCUGUGCAAUAAUGAGAAAGAAAGAUGUCAGUAUGAGGUGCAAGAUCGGACACACUCACUGUGGGGUUACCUAAACCAACCCAAAGAGCGACAGCAUUUUCUGAAUCCAAUGUAUGAAGAAAAUCCAUUAGUUAUCUGGCCGUCUGUUGCACCGCAAAGCUUACAGCUAUGGGCAGGUUUUUUUCUGCGAUACCUGCUACCCCUGGAACACACAGAGAUGGCAUGGAUGAAGAUGGUGGAACUCACAGGGGCAUAUAAAAUGGAUCUGACAGACAAUAACUUUAUAGGUUAAAAUUCAGCCUGAGGGCCCAUGCAUACAUCGUGUUCAGUAUAUCUAAAGAUCAGGGGGGAAAAAAAACUAAAAAAAAAAACACAGCUGUCUAAACAAAUGUAGCACACAAAGAGAAAUUGAAGGCGGUUUUAUUUAUCAUACGAUCAUGUUGUUUCAGAGGUAAUAUAGAAUUACCCCUGAAAUUCAUCAUCAAAGCAUAAAUCCCUAAAAUACAAAUCCAUGCCUGUUGCUUUGUCCUGCAUUAAGGCUCAAUGCAAUAUGUUCCCAAUCUAAGAAGCUGCAUGUGAAUUGAUGGAGACGUCCUUGUAUAACACACCCAGUGCGAUGGUCUUCAACAUUAAUGGAUAGUGUUAGUUUCCUUUCCAUCCAGAAAUGUAUGUGAAACAUUUUGGUGGGGAAAGAAUAUUGGCAGUUUGCUCAUUUUGCUUCAAUAAAUAUGGAUACAUUUAUUGUAAAA